AUGCUUUUCGAACGCCAUCCGUCAACUUCAAUCCAUCCAAAAGCGUGCGGCAUCAACCAGCGUACGACCGAGAUUCUUCGUGUCAUGGGAGUUGAAGAGGACGUCUACGCCAUUGCAGCACCGGCCGAGAUAGCCGGACGAACCGCCUGGUAUACGUCGCUUGGAGAAGAGGGGAAAGAAGUGUUCUCCAGAGAUGCGUGGGGACGCGGCCAAUACGCAGCGGAAUACGCCCAGCACAGCCCGUCGAGAUACUGCAUUCUGCCGCAGAUAAAAUUGGAACCGAUCUUGAAACGACGCGCCGUGGAGUUGAAUCCUCAUCAAAUCUUCUACGGCCAUGAGGUGUUGACGACAGAGGAUCAUGGCGAUUUCGCGGAAGUUACUGUGAAGAACCGCAGCACGGGUGACGUUUCCCGGCACAGAGGGACGUACGUGAUUGUUGCGGACGGCGGUCGUCAGUUCACAACCCAGCUGGGAUUCGAGUGGAGCGGCGAGGGCGACCUCUUGACCAUGAUAAGCGCACAUAUUCGCUCUCCGAUCAGAGCACUACAUCCCGAUAACCGCAACUUCAUAACUUGGUUCACGAACCCAGCGAUGGGGGGCAGCACGCUCACCGGCUACCUUUAUCAGUUGGGACCCUGGCCAGAAGCGAUGACCAGUCCAGAAAUAGAGGAAUGGAUGUUUGUCUGCGCCCAGGCAGCAGACGACCCAACCAAGUUUGAUGCCGAGACGGCACUGGCUCGAGCGAGGAAGACCAUCGGCAUACCGGACCUCAACAUGGAGCUGAUCUCCCUAAGCGAGUGGACGGUGAAUGCUCUUUACGCAUCGCAAUGGCGUGUCGGACGUCAUUUCCUGGUGGGCGACAGCGCUCAUCGCAUUCCACCAUGGGGCGCCCUGGGAAUGAACUCUGGUAUACAAGACGCAAAUAAUCUUGUGUGGAAACUGUCCAUGGCUCUCAAGGAUUCAAGCAGGCAUUAUGACAGUCUCCUUGACACUUAUUACGAGGAGCGCUCAGAGGUCGGAAAACGCGUUGGACAGACCAGUCUCAACAACAUGCGCUCUCACUCAGGCCAGAUUGACCGUGUCAUGGGCGUUAGCGCGUCGCAGAGUCAGGCCGAGAACCUCGCGGCAGGCACGGCAUUCUUCGACAAAGUACACCCCGAAUAUGCAGAAAAGCAGCGUCUUAUCCAGUUGGCAUCGCAAGCAUUGAACACCGAGUUCAAGGCACCAGGGUACGAAGUAGGCUGGUUCUACCCAAGCGCAGACAUCAACUCUGGGGGUGGAGCGACACAUGGAGGACAACAGCUCGCAGACGGCACACUAGUACAUCACACGUACUAUAUGUCGACGAUUCCAGGGCAUCAUCUGCCCCAUGCGUGGGUGACGCGCGACGACAGGACAGUGGCAUUGCGUGAUCUCUUGGACUUGGACGCACUAACCCUAUUCGUAGAGAAUGCGCUAGAGGAGAGGAUCGACGACGACAGGGUGAAAGUGGUGGUUUUUGGACAAGAUGAAUGGCAAGAUAAGACUGGGCAAUGGGAGAAGUACCGCGGUGUAGACGGGUCUGGCGGUGUGCUUGUGAGGCCCGACGGGAUUGUCGCUUGGCGAGGAUCAUUGACACAAGCCAGAAAUGAUGGCUGGACACGGCUUGUCAACAGGAUUCUGAAAGUCGUUUAG